AUGCGAAUUAUGUGUUCUCAUGCUACUACAGACGUUGUCGCCGCUGUCGUUGCCGCCACUGCCGCUGCUAUCGCCAUCGUUGUUGUUGUCGUCGUUGUCGCUACCACCGCUAUUGCCUCUUCUGCCACUCACGGUAUAAUAUUUCCUGGCUCUAAUGCUGGUGUGGUGAUUCAUGAGAGUAGAUUUUGUUCACCCUUCACUUUGUUGCACACAAGAGUUACAGUUGUUGAGUUUCCAUCUGAGCUUCUAUCUAUCCCUAGCCUUGUGGUUUUGAAACCACUAGAACAAAUUCUUUCCCUCUAUCCUGCCAUAGAGAGAAAGGUGUGUGGUUCCUUUUGUGUCUAUUCUAAAUAUGGUUUAAGUUUUGAUGAUGUUUGA